AUCAAAUUCACAAAUACCUUUAAAAGAGUAUAGAAAGCUUGGUUUAUACAAAACAAAGUAUAUAGCUAGAUAUAUCAAUGGCAUCAUCACAAAGAUAUUUCGCUCUCCUAGCUCUUUUCGCAGUCUCACUAAAAUUUUGUUAUUGCCAAAAUGAGACUAUAGAUGUAGCUGGAUCGGGAACCGCCGGAGUUACUUGGUACGGUGAACCAUUCGGCGCCGGUAGCACCGGAGGAGCUUGUGGGUACGGUUCCGCGGUGGCUAAUCCACCACUAUACGCGAUGGUUUCAGCCGGAGGUCCUUCGCUGUUCAACAAUGGAAAAGGAUGUGGAACAUGUUAUCAGGUUGUAUGCAUCGGACAUCCAGCGUGCUCGGGGUCACCAAUAACGGUGACGAUAACCGACGAGUGCCCUGGUGGUCCUUGCGCCUCUGAACCAGUCCACAUUGAUCUUAGCGGCAAAGCCAUGGGUGCCUUAGCCAAACCUGGCCAAGCCGAUCAACUUCGAUCCGCUGGUGUUAUACGUGUCAACUACAAACGUGCGGCAUGUUUAUAUCGAGGAACUAACAUAGUUUUUCGUAUGGACGCUGGAGCAAAUCCGUACUACAUUUCAUUUGUUGUUGAGUAUGAAAACGGCGAUGGAGAUUUGUCCAAUGUUGAAAUUCAACCAGCCGGCGGAAGUUUCAUCUCCAUGCAAGAAAUGAGAUCCGCCGUAUGGAAGGUCAACUCAGGCAGUGCCCUAAGAGGACCAUUCAACAUUAGACUUACUUCUGGUGAAUCUCAUAAAGUAAUCGUCGCUUAUAAUGUUAUUCCGGCGAAUUGGAAACCUGACGAAUCUUACCGUUCAAUUGUUAACUUUUAGGAUUUUGUCAUAUUGUAUUUCGACACAUUUCAUUGUGUUCUCUAGUCAAACUUUGAAAGCUUCUGAUAUAGUAAUGAAUAAUAAAAAUAUAUAUGAUUUACC